AUUAAAUUUAUUCUAAAUGCUAUUAACUUCAUAGUACGGACCUGGAUUACGCCGAAAUCGAAUCGAUAGCUCGAACGGAAGACAAAUCAACGAAAUCAAACGAACGGGUCAAAUUGAGUCAAAAUGCGAAAUCGACCAAUCAAUCCGGCGUGGAGGUUAAUCUGCCGGCGAUAUCAACUCGGGGCAGCGGCUGGAUGCGGCGACGGUGACGGACGCCGGCGACAGUGGCGGAACGGCAACUCGACGGCGAUCAGCAGCGACUGGCGGCGCUGCAAUUCGUCGGCGAGGAAGGACUCGACGGCGAUGAUGGUGGCGGCGCUCGGCGUGGCGGCGCUGCAAUUCGUCGGCGAUGAGGGCGGCGGCUACUGGCGAAGGAAGCAGCGGCGUCGAAUGGCUGGGGAAGGGCGACCGGCGGCGCUGCAACUCGACGGCGGCGGACGACCGACGAAGAAAACAGCGGCGGCGAUUGGACUCGACGGCGAUGAUGGUGGUUGCCGGAACAUCUCGCACUUCUUGCGAAUCAAGCGCCUCGCGCUCAAGGACGAUAUGAACUCGGGAGCCUUGGGGAACACCUCCCCGGAGAGUGAUACGUCGCUACCGUCCUCGGCUCUCAGCCGUACGGUCCGACAACUGCAGUCAACCACUGCUCUAUGCUCGGUGAGCCAAUCCAUACCAAGGAUAAUGUCAAACUCCUUGUGUGGUAGCUCUAUCAAAUCUGCAGGGAAUUGCUUGUUAGACAAAAGUGCAACUCUAGAGGGGGGGUGAAUAGAGUUGUUUUCAAGAAUGUACGUUUUUCGUAAAAAAAUAUCGCAGGAAAAAGUAAGGAGAGUAAGGGAAAGAAGAACACCGGGAUUUAUACUGGUUCACCACCUCGUGGCUAGUCCAGUCCUCCGAGAGACUCUCUCGAAAGUCCUACUAAUCUUCAAGCUUCAACGGGUGCUUGAAAAACCGGUACAACUUGAGAACUUGAAUCACACAAGCCUCACUUUCUUACAACAACAAGACUUGAGUCACACAAGUCUUAAGAACAACACUCAAAUGAAAUUGAGUUUACAACACAAGAAUGAAAGCUCACACAAUUG